AUGGAUUUUGAAACAUCAAGUCCAGCAUACGACUACUUUGUCGAUUAUGGUGAGUCAGAGCCCUGUCAAAAAAUUGACGUGAGGCAAAUCGCAGCCCAGCUCCUGCCCCCACUCUACUCGCUGGUGUUCAUAUUUGGUUUUGUGGGCAACUUGCUGGUCGUCCUCACCCUGAUAAACUGCAAAAAGCUGAAGAGCAUGACUGACAUCUACCUGCUCAAUUUGGCCAUCUCUGACCUGCUUUUUCUUCUCACCCUCCCGUUCUGGGCCCACUAUGCUGCAAGCCAGUGGAGCUUAGGAAAUAGAGUAUGCCAGCUUAUGACAGGACUCUAUUUUAUAGGCUUCUUCUCUGGAAUCUUCUUCAUCAUCCUCCUGACAAUCGAUAGGUACCUGGCGAUCGUUCAUGCUGUGUUUGCUUUACGAGCCAGGACAGUCACCUUUGGGGUCGUGACAAGUGUGAUCACCUGGGUGGUGGCUGUGCUGGCCUCCCUCCCAGGAAUCAUCUUUACCAGAUCCCAAAAAGAAGGUCCUCGUUGUACAUGCAGCCCUCAUUUUCCACCCAGUCAGUAUCAUUUCUGGAAGAAUUUCCAGACAUUAAAAAUAACCAUCUUGGGCCUGAUCCUACCACUGUUUGUUAUGGUCGUCUGCUACUCAAGCAUCCUAAAAACUCUGCUUCGGUGUCGAAAUGAGAAGAAGAAGUACAAGGCCGUGAGACUCAUCUUUGCCAUCAUGGUUGUCUAUUUUCUCUUCUGGGCUCCUUACAACAUCGUCCUUGUCCUGACCACCUUCCAGGAGUUCUUUGGUCUGGACAACUGCAGUAGCUCUAACAGGCUGGACCAAGCCAUGCAGGUGACAGAAACUCUUGGCAUGACGCACUGCUGCAUCAACCCCAUCAUCUAUGCCUUUGUCGGGGAGAAGUUCCGAAACUACCUCUUGGUGUUGUUCCGAAAACACAUUGCCAAACACCUCUGCAAAUAUUGUCCAUUCUUCCAGCGGGAGGGCCCUGAGCGAGUGGGCUCAGUUUACACUCGAUCCACUGGAGAACAGGAAAUCUCUACAGGCCUGUGA